AUGGCCGUGGAGCCUCUCGCCUGCCCGCCCUCUCACGCGCUGCAUGAUUCGCACUGGCUCCUGGAGUCCCUGCCGUCGCCACUUUGCUUGGCGUGCGCCAUUGAGACGCUGCGAGAGGAUGGUGCCUCGCUGGUACGCAAGAAUCACGUGCUCUCCUGCCUCCAUGAUGUUCUGACUCGGCAUGCAGCACUGGUCAUCUCAUUGCUUGCUCAAGAUGAAAGAGUAUGUGUCCAUUUCAUAGCAACUUUGUUUGGAAUCUUGAGAAGUAUGGAAGACAAUCACAUACUGGAUUUAUCUAUUGAAGUUUUGGUAAUGCUUGUAGUGAAGCUGAAAUUGGAGGGGUACCUGCGCUAUCUAUUGAAAGAGUGUCAGCAAGAGUUAUGCAAAGUGGCCACGACAAGAGGCAGCUUACCCAUUUUAAUACUUCUAGGAAAGUUGGCAGAUGCUGUUCCAAUUUUUGCUGAUGAGCUGGUAAUUGAACACAGUAACAUGUUAGAGCAUCUGGCUACAGGUUUGAUGUAUCCCAAUGAGAGAAUAAAGGCUGCUGUAUGUUACCUUUAUGGCAAAUUGUACUCUGUCCCUAAUGCUGCAGAAAGACUGUGUGCACAUUUCACAGAGAGGCUGUGUGGCCUCUUUCUGACUACUCUGAAGAACGCCCAGACCAAGGAGCUGCAACUUAAUUGCAUGGGUUUGUUAAAUCAGCUGCUGAAAUAUGACCAUUUUGUUUCAGUUACUAUGAGUAAUUCAGGGAAAGGAGCAGAUUCUGCAAGUCCAGAGUUGUUUGAGGGAGAGAGUCCAUUACCUUUAAUGCUCAAGAAGCUGCUGUUAUCAAGAGAUGAACUGUUACAGGUAGCAAGUGCACAGUGUAUUGCUGCUGUGUUGGUGCAUUCUCCAGCAAAAUAUGCCCCUGCCUUUAUCCAUGCAGAUAUUCCAGAGUUCCUGUUUGAGUGUCUCUUCUGUACAAGUGAAAUUCUCAUCUGGUCAAUUUAUUGCUGCUUGCUCCUUCUGACUGAGGAACAUCUUUUCUUUUCCAAGUGCCACACUGUCUAUGGUAUCGAACCUGUUUUAAAGAGCCUGAAAGAAAUCUUGCACCUUAAUAAUGUGGAAUUGCAUAAACAGGGACUUUUGCUUCUCACUGAAAUCCUGAAACGGCAGCCAGUAGAAAUACAUUUAUUUACAAAUACAGCUGUUUUAAAAGAUGUCAUUAGUGUUCUUGUAGAAGCUGUAAACUGCCCUGUUUUGGAAGUAGCCACUGAAGCUGUGAAGGCGGUAGCUGCCCUUCUGAGAAAGGACCAUGUGAGCUUUCCUCCAAUGCAAUAUGGAGAACUGCAAAAGCUUGUGGAAAGUGUACUGAAGCAAUGUAGUGACCUCCCAUUGCUCCCACCUAAUAGGGGGCUCAUGGGUCAUGCAGCAGCCAGACAUCAGAACAGAGCAGUUUCGCGGCAGGGACAAUUCAUACAGAGUGCCAUAGAAAGCUUCAGAAACGCUUGCAGGUUAGCUGUGGAGUGUCAAAAUGAUCCUGUGGCUCAGGAGAACCCUUUCACUGCUCCCAACUCAGAGAAGAAGGAUACACUGAAAAGCUUUUCUGAGUUUCUGUUGAGGAUGUCUGACUCCCUUUGCAUCCCCAUAGUCAUGAAUUAUUCUGAAAGGAUAGUCCGCCCGGGUCUCAUGGAAGUCUUCAUCUCAACACUUAACAUCCUGUUCAGUGUUGUGCCAGACAUCGGUAAAAGAUUCGCCAUUAAACUGGCAUCUUCCUCUUUCAUACGACUGAAUUUGGAGCUGAAGGCCAAAUACUGCACUGGGCAGAGUAACCCUGCCUUGAAUCAAGCUUGUUCCAGCUUUCUCCAUAACAUCUGCCUCAGUCUUCACUCAUCCUCUAAGAAGAUGGCAAAUACUUUGCAAGAGGAGCAAGAAAUCUCAGAACUCCUGCAGAGGAAUCUGCCCCAUUUAAACUUUGGGGUGGCAGAGAGUCUCACACUGUUAUCUGAGACCCCAGAUUCCUAUUGUUUAUAUGACACUCUUCGGAGUCACCAAUAUAGCCUCCUGCUUCUCUUCUACUUUGCUUUUAGUCAAGAAGAUAGAUUUGUUCCAGAAGCAGAACUAUUCUCCGCUAUAAGAAGUUUCCUUCUGGCACUCCAGCAUCAAGGAGGCUGUCCACCCCCAUAUGUCUUCAGAGCUGUUUUGUAUCUUCUAGGAAUAUGUCAUGACAAGACUAAACCUCUAGACUUGGCUUCGCUUUCUGCCAUAAGGAGGGUCCUAGAUGUUACAUCAGAUUUUGCCCUGGUGUAUGUCCAUCAUCCUCGGCUGCUUAAUUUUUUUUUGUUCUGCCCUGAGCUGAUGGGAAGAUUUGGUCACCGCAUCUUCCAGCUCUGGUUUUCCUGUGAAGACUAUAGCCAGACUGAAUUUCAAGAUGCUGUCGCAAGAGUCAACGCUGGCUUUUCUGAUUCCUCAAACUACUUUAACAGUUUCCUUUGCAUGCUGAAGGAUAACCCCAGUGCUUUACUUGUCUUGCUAGAUUUAGUUUGCCAGGGCACCAAGGAAGUGGCUCACAAAGUCUUGGUGACACUAGAGACCUUCCUGAAAAGAAAUGAGGAUGUUUGUGUCUGUGAUCUUCUUCGAAGCCAGUUUCUACAGAUUCUACAGAAGCUUCUGGUAGAAAACAGUUGUAGCGUUUUACAAGAAAAUCAGACUCUGCCACUUUUGUUGAACCUUCUGUUCCUGGUGCAGCUGAGAUAUGUGGCGGAGAGAGAGCUGGACAGCACAGACUUCAGAUUGCUUCAUCUGGUCAGCAGUUUGUUUGGGAAAUGUAGCCCAACAGACCUUGAGCUUCUGCAGCCAUCCUUGAACUUCUUGUACUGGAACCUUCAGCAGACAACACCUUCUAGUCAGCAAAGAGUGGUGGCUAUGUUGCUUUCCAAUAUGCCGUUGCUAGAGCUACUUGAGAGAAUUCUCCAGCUCACAUGGAUGCUGCCUUCCUCCUCUGAACUAGCUUUCUCAUUGUCCAAUGAAACACUUCUGUGCUCUGCUUGGCUGCUGACUGCUGCUCUCUUGACUCAGCAACAUAUUUACAAAACAGAGGUUCAUCAUGUAAUCUGUCUGGAGGUGGAUCAAGUGUUCCGUGCAAUUGCUUUCAGGAAGAAGAAGCCCACAUUGUUCUUUGUCAGCAUCCUCCAGUUUCUAAGAGCCUUCCUUAGGCAGAACCUCUCUUCUUCCCUUGUGAAGUUUGUUACACAUCACAUGGACAAACAUGGGAGGGAGCUGCCAUUGUCAAAAGAGGAUGCCACUUUGUAUCCGUUGGCUAUGCGGCACAUCCUAUCCUUGGUCAUCAGUCUACAGAACCUGUUGGUUCAGAAGGACUUGUUGGUGUCACAAACUGUUAUUGGCUGCCUGGAAAUCUUGUUGGAAUACCUGCAUGGGAAGAACCAGGGCAUUGCAAGUCAUAUCGCUUCACAACCAUGGAAUAAAUUUCUGCUGGUCACACUUCUGGAUGGUGGUGAGAAUUCCUUUCUUCAUCCUGAAAUUCUCAGACUUGUUACUUUGUGUGUGCAGUAUCAGAGCACUGAUCUUAUUUCUCAAAGUGAAAUUAGCCAUGUACUUGAAGAAGCUGCAAAUACCAAAUUGCCAGAACUUCCUGAUACUACAGUCAGUGCCCUUCACGCCUUUCUUCUCCAGGUGAGUACUUUGGCAAAUGUGAUUGAGUAA